CUCUCCUAACUACUCCCACCCUUCCCCUUCCCCAGCAUCCCACCGCCGCAAGCCCAAAAAUGACCAACCCAGCCCCGCCCAAAACCGCCCUCGAAGCCUUCAACGCAAAAGCAGAAUCCUACGAAGCGUCCACUGGAGGCUGCACCCGCGAGCUAGCGCGCCAUCUGCUGGAAAUAAGUCCGCCCUUCACCGCCUCCUCCGUCGUGCUAGACAACGCAUGCGGGACCGGCAUCGUCGCGCAGGAAAUUCUCCUCCACGCAUCCAGCGCUUCGCAAACACCACCCCUUAUCCACGCCGUCGACGGCGCGCCGCGAAUGAUUGAAGUCGGGAAGCAGAAUCUGAACGGCCUGGCGGGCGCGGAAUGAGUAACCUGGGCUGUAAUGCCGGGCGAGAAGCUGGACUUCCCGGACGCGUGUUUCACGCACAGCAUUACGAAUCUGGGGCUCUUGUUCUUCGGGGAUGCGGGCGCGGGGGCGCGGGAGAUUUGGCGGACGCUGCGACCGGGCGGGACGGCGUUGGUGACGUGCUGGAAGUGUCUGGGGUAUGACGCUGUUAUUUGGGAGGCACAGAGGGCUGUCAGGCCCGAUGCGCAGGUGUUCAGGGUUCCGAUUCCAAAGCGCUGGUUCGAGGCGGGGUGGCUUGAGGAGACGCUGAGGGAGGGCGGGUUUGUGGAUGUAGAGGUUAGCGAGAAGGUGGUGUAUUAUGCGGCGGGAAGUGUGGAGGGUCUAAUGGAGAGUGUGUGGGCG